UGUGGGGCUCCCACUUUAAGGGAAGUGUCUCCUGAUCUCCCUUGGAGUGCCUCCCCUUUGUGCAGAGAUUGCAAGUCCGUGCAGUUCCCGCGGGUGCAUGGCCCUCUGGGUCAAGAUCCCCCUGAGAGCGGGGUCCCUGGUUGGGGACAGCAGAGGCAUGAAGCGGGUCCUCCGAGCGUCCGGGUCCUAGGGCGUAGUUGGUGGGGAGGCAGGCGAGGUUGAAGGGACUGGACUCGGGUGGACGCCAGAGUUCUGAGAAUGCGUAGGCAGCACACCCGCUCGGGUACCAAAAGUCCCCGAGGAGGGUAUUUCCCCUGACCCGCCUCUGGGGCGGAGUACGCGGUGGGGUGGGGGCCGGACUGAGGGGCGGGGCCGAGCGCAGCCGGGAAGGCAGCCGGGACCUGCGGGGCCCGUGCGAAGAGGCGCCCGCUCCCUUGCCGGCUUUCCGCUCUCCCCUUCUCCCCCGGACCUCUGCCCUCUACAUCUAUCCUCACCUUCUCACACCCCCUCCGACCCCUCCGCCCCCUCGCCAGCCGGUUCCCUGUUCUUCCUUCCCACUUACCUCCCCUGGGUACCGGGGGUAGGCAGCCUCGAUUGAACCCGCUCACUUCUCAGCCCCAGUUCCCCCCCCCCCCCUCCUCCCUCUCUCUCUCUCUCUCUCUCUCUCUCUCUCUCUCUCUCUCUCUCUCUCUCUCUCUCUCUCUCUCUCUCUCCUGCUUUUCCUUCCCUCUCUUUCUCAUACCUUAGGGACUGUCUAGUGCCUACAAACCCCCAAUCUGGCGCUGCCUCUGCCCGGAAUCUCGACUCUACCUCUCCCAUUAUCCCCACCCCCAACUUGGUACCCAGCUUUUCUCUUCACUUUUUUAGCUCUCGCCUCUUCUGCCCUCCCUCCUCUCCCUGUUCCCCUCUAUCUUCAUCCUUAGUUCCACUGUCCUCGGUUCUUAAUCUCUUCCCGCAUCACUUCCUCCUCUCCUACCCCCAUUCUCAAUCCCCGGGCCCCUCUGAAACCUACCCUUCCUGUUCCUGUCCCCCAGUGCUCUCUCCUUCACUUCCAGUGACCAUGACUGCUAUCCCAGAUUGGAAGCUACAGUUGCUAGCCCGGCGGCGGCAGGAGGAGGCAGCAGUUCGUGGCCGUGAGAAAGCAGAACGGGAUCGCUUGUCCCAGAUGCCAGCCUGGAAGCGGGGAAUCCUGGAACGUCGCAAGGCCAAGUUGGGCCUGCCUCCUGGAGAGGCGAGCCCUGUGCCUGGGACCGCAGAGGCUGGACCUCCGGACCCAGAUGAAUCCGCUGUCCUCUUGGAGGCUAUUGGGCCAGUACAUCAGAACCGAUUCAUCCAGCAGGAGCGACAGCGGCAGCAGCAGCAGCGAAAUGAAGUAUUUGCUGCUGAUAGGAAGCCUGGGCCUCUGGAGGCUCUAGAUCGGAGAUCAAGUCCUAGUAAUUUAAGAGAGCAGAGCCCCAAGGGAAGAGAGUCAAGAGAAGAGAGGCUAAGUCCCAGGGAGGCCAGAGAUAAGAGGCUGUUGACAGGGGGAGCCCAAGAGUCAUGUUCCAGGACUUCGGACGCUCGAGACUGGAGGCAGAGCCCUGCAGAGGCUCAGAAAUGGAGGCUGAGCCCUGGAGAAACUCCAGAGGAGAGUCUGAGAUUAGCAAGUCCCGGAGACGACAGUCCCAAGAGAAAAGAGGUAUUGGAAAGCAGACUGAGCCCCGGGGAAUCUGGCGACCAGAGGGCCUGCCUGACAGAGGCCCAUAAAUGGAACCUUGACCCGAAAGAACCCCAGGAACAGAGCUCAAUACAGCUGGAGGCCACAGAGUGGAGGCUGAACUCAAGAGACGAGGGGAAAGACUACUUGGAGGAGUGUGGGAGAAAGGAAGAAAAACCGAGUCCAGGGAUUGUCCUAGACCAGUCUCCAGUGACAAAAGAAGGCCAAGACACCAUCUCUGGAGAAGUGGAGACUUCUGCUGAGCAGAGACCUAGCCCUGUGGAGGAUGGAGACAGGAUCUCAAGACCCACAGAAGGCUGGAAAUGGACCUUAAACUCUGGGAAAGCCCGAGAACGGGAUAUAGAGACACGAACUCAGAAACCGGAUCCUCCAGCAUCUUCAGAGAAGCACCUGGGGCCUUCUGGUUUCGAGGCUGAAGAGGAGGCUAAGAAGGAGGAGGCGGGGGCUCAGAGCAGGCCUCUGAGGGCCCAGCAGAACCUCCGCUCUGGGCCCUCCCCCCUUCCACCAGAGCACGCUGGGGCUGGGACGGAAGGCUCCAGACAGCAGGAAGAGGAAGCAGCAGAACCCCGGCCCCCAACGACAGCCCCUCUGUCUCCCCCACCCCCAGCCCCAACUGCCCCCCAGCCCCCUGGGGAUCCCCUCAUGAGCCGUCUGUUCUAUGGGGUGAAGGCAGGACCGGGGGUGGGGGCCCCCCGCCGUAGCGGACACACCUUCACUGUCAACCCACGGAGGUGUGUGCCCCCUGCCAGCCCAGCCCCACCAGCCACCCCAGCUACAGCUGAUGCUGCAGGGCCUGGAUCCGGGAAGAAGCGGUACCCAACUGCUGAGGAGAUCUUGGUGCUGGGGGGCUACCUCCGUCUCAGCCGCAGCUGCCUUGUCAAGGGGUCCCCUGAAAGACAUCACAAACAGCUCAAGAUCUCCUUCAGUGAGACGGCCCUGGAGACCACGUACCAAUACCCUUCCGAGAGCUCGGUACUGGAGGAUCUUGGCCCGGAGCCUGAGACCCCCAGUGCGCCCACUCCCUUGGCGUCACAGCCUGACGACGACGACGAGGAGGAGGAAGAGGAGUUGCUACUGCAGCCUGGGCUCCAGGGCGGGCUGCGCACCAAGGCCCUAAUCGUGGAUGAGUCCUGCCGGCGGUGACCAUCUUCCAGUCUGG